ACCAUUUGAACAGUAGUUUUGCUGAGCGCGUAUUACGGAGACGUUUCGUUUAUGAUCUGGCAAUAAAGAUGGAUCGGAAGGCAGCAAAUUUUGUUCACUCACAAGCCGUUUCUAGAGACUACAUAUCACAGCCUCGUAUAACCUACAAAACCGUCUCAGGAGUAAAUGGACCUCUCGUCAUACUUGAUGAUGUAAAGUUUCCUAAAUUUGAUGAGAUUGUGAGACUAACUCUUGCUGAUGGCAGUCAGCGAACAGGACAAGUUUUGGAAGUUUGCGGCAAAAGGGCCAUAGUCCAGGUAUUCGAGGGUACUAGCGGUAUUGAUGCAAAAAACACUGUAUGUGAAUUUACAGGAGAUAUCCUUCGUACACCUGUGUCAGAGGAUAUGUUAGGUCGUAUAUUCAAUGGUUCUGGAAAACCGAAAGACAAAGGUCCAGCAAUCCUUGCAGAAGAUUACCUCGACAUUCAGGGUCAACCAAUAAACCCUUGGUCACGCAUUUAUCCAGAAGAAAUGAUCCAAACUGGCAUAUCAAGUAUCGAUGUGAUGAACUCGAUUGCACGUGGCCAAAAAAUUCCCAUAUUUUCCGCUUCUGGUCUACCGCACGAUGAAAUUGCUGCCCAAAUAUGUCGUCAAGCUGGUCUAGUCAAGUUACCCGGAAAAAGCGUUAUAGAUAGUGAUGUAGACAAUUUCGCGAUUGUAUUCGCAGCAAUGGGUGUUAAUAUGGAGACUGCUCGGUUUUUCAUGCAAGAUUUUAAGGAAAAUGGUUCAAUGGAGAAUGUGUGUCUGUUUCUAAAUUUGGCGAAUGAUCCAACUAUCGAGCGCAUUAUAACACCUCGAAUCGCUCUUACAACAGCCGAAUAUUUGGCUUAUCAAUGUGAAAAGCAUGUGUUGGUUAUCCUUACCGAUAUGAGUUCAUAUGCAGAAGCAUUGCGUGAGGUAUCGGCAGCUCGUGAAGAAGUACCAGGACGUCGUGGUUUCCCGGGUUAUAUGUACACUGAUUUGGCUUCAAUUUACGAGCGAGCUGGUCGGGUUGAAGGUCGCUCAGGGUCAAUCACACAGAUUCCAAUUUUAACUAUGCCUAAUGAUGAUAUUACUCAUCCUAUUCCUGACUUAACAGGUUAUAUUACAGAGGGUCAAAUUUAUGUUGAUCGUCAAUUACAUAACAGACAGAUCUAUCCUCCAAUCAAUGUGUUACCGUCGUUGUCACGUCUGAUGAAAUCUGCCAUCGGUGUGAAUAUGACUCGUGAAGAUCAUUCUGAUGUGUCCAAUCAGUUGUAUGCAUGUUACGCAAUAGGAAAGGAUGUCCAAGCAAUGAAAGCUGUUGUUGGUGAAGAAGCAUUAAGCCCAGAGGACUUACUUUAUUUAGAAUUCCUGACAAAGUUUGAGAAGAAUUUCAUUUCUCAAGGUGCUUAUGAAAACCGUAGUGUAUUUGACUCACUAGACGUCGGUUGGGAACUCUUGCGUAUAUUCCCAAAAGAAUUGUUGAAGCGAAUUCCGUCAAAAAUAUUGGAGAAAUACUAUCCUCGUUAAUUGGUUAGUUGAUUUACCCUGUUAUCCUCGAUUGUGAGUAUUCCUACCAUGGAAGUUGCGUUAUUUAUUGGUUGAAGUAAACUCUGAAUAACGUAUAUUAUCGUCAGCUUUUGCAUUCCUAUUUAUUUUCUUUCCUAGCAAUUAUCACUCAUAAUUUUCAUUGCCUAUAAUAUGUAUAAUGGUGGCAUUAUCCAUCCAUCAUCACAAAUUACUUACUCAUAAUUAUGAUUUGAUUUUGUUUAAAUGUUCAUUCCAUUUACAAAGUUUCCAACCAUAGUUUUCUAUUACACUGUAUUUUCUCUGUUCUGGAUAUUCAAACACUUCGCUUCUCAUUUUUCCUUUACACAUUUCUAGAUACAUUAAAUCUUUCUAUCGUUUGAAUUUUUAAAAUAAACUGGAAGCAUAAUAUAAACACUAGUAGUUGAGGUAUCAUUUAAAUAGGGCUAUGGGUUUCAUUUUUUUAAAUCUUUCAUUUGAUUUGAUUUUGUGCUCAUAACUUCUAAUUACCGAUAUUGAACAAUUAUAAUGAUAAUAAUAGUAAUAAUAUAUGUUCUUCACCAGUAAUGUCACUUAAAACAUGCAUACAUAGUAGGACCGUAAAGAAAGCAAAAAUGAUGAGAAAUGUGCCUUGUAGUACACAAUUCUGUUUUCCAAAUAGUUGAUAAUUUACGGAUGUUUGAAUACUAGUGUACACUGACCACACACACAUACAUUGCUUUAAUUGCAUUGUGAAAGCUUUUUUCACAGAAAGAGACCGAACAAGUAUUUCACAGUGAGAUAUGCAGUUCCGAAGACAGAAGCAUAUAAUCAGUUAUUGAAACUGUAAAAUUGGAAAUAAAACGUCAUUUCGACAAACAGACGAAGAGUUAAAGAGUGGAGGAAGCAAACCAGCCCACUGGAAAUAUUACUCUUUACAAGCGCUAGUAUAACUCAUACUGGACGAUACGUAGUGAGCCAAAGAAACAGAUUGGACAAAAUGGUACGUGCAUAGAUACAUAAAGCACACAUUAGAUACAAAAAGUAGAAUUACAAAGACUGAGUUAUGAGAUAUAUGUGAAGGUACUGUAAUUAUUAUUGGUAGUAAAAGCAUUAGUACCAGUAGUAACAUUUGCUGUCGUUGUAUGAAAUGAAUCACGACUGGGAAGCAAUGCAAUGAUAUUUGACUAACAGUUUUAACACGAAUAACGAUCCCUUGUUUGAAUUUUUAAAGUUUUCGUCACAACCUAACAUUAGAUGCUCAACAAAAAUGUAUUUCCAAACGAAAUCCGACUGAUUUGUUCGUAUACUUCAUUGCUACUCACUAUCUUUAAAGUUCCUUCUUUAUCUGUGUUCACAAGCCAAUUACUAACGUUGAAGUGUUGUGUGACAGACAUUCAGUCGAUCUGAGUUCCUAUUCGCUAAGUCGUACUAAAAGAGUCGUUCAUAAAUAGAAUUUACCGUGGACAACACUCAAACCUUAGUCAUUCUCGUUGAGAUUUAAUUGUGUGAACGUAAGCACCAGAAAUGAUUACGUCUCACAUUAAAACUACCCAAUGUAUUUUAUGGCUUACUAUCCCAUGGAUUACAUUGAUUCAUUUAUCACUGAGAAAUUUUUUCUGUAUUUUUUCACAUAUUCGAUUUUCAUUCAAUAAUAUAACAUAAUCAACUUGAAUAAAUUAUCCUCUUGUAAAUACUUGCUUAUCGAUGUUGUGAACAGAACGUUUCAUUUUAUGAUUGUGUAUCGAAUUGUAAUUAAAAGAAUAUGGAUUUCAUUUUUAUGUUGUGUGUAUGUUUUUGUUUUCGAAAUAGUUCAAUAAACGUGAAUUCGACCAUUUU